AUGGGCUCACGCCUAGAUGCAACCUCCAGCGCGGUGCGCAAACGGAUUCAAAAUCACAGCUUUGAAGAUGAAGAAGGUGAAGAAUAUGGAGCCUCGGCCUUCGGUGGCCAUGGAGAUUAUAUGCGCCGUAAAAAAGCCAAGCUUCAGAAUCUCGACAAUGAAAUCCGAUCCUCCGCCGCACAACACAACUGUCCUCAGAUCUUUCGAUCAGUUGUCGCGCAUGUGAAUGGAUAUACUCAGCCCUCACUCCAAGACUUACACAGGCUUAUUGUGCGCCAUGGCGGUGGAUUUCUUCAGUAUCUCGAUGGCAAGACCGCCGCUACUCAUAUCAUCGCAAGCUCACUCACGCCGAAGAAAAGGGACGAGUUACGGCGCUAUCGAGUUGUAAAGCCGGCGUGGGUUGUCGAGAGCGUCGAAGCCGGACGAUUGCUUCCAUGGGACUUGUAUAAGGUCGUCGAUGAGGGCCAGAACCAGAAAAUCCUCAACUUCGACAACGGCCGGAUGCUCAGUCAGGCUGCUACUCCGAAACCCAGUUAUAAAGAUGAAAGCAAAUCGUCAUGGUACUCGGCUCGGUUUCAAGCAGAAAAAUUCCGGAACGAUGAGAGUUUGGAUACGCCUGAAGCUCUAGCCCCCAAUCAGUCAAACGUCGCCUCACAGUCAGAUUAUGGUGAAUUCCCGAGCUUUACCUCACUCGAUGCACCAGCCAAUGAUUCUGGUCCAAAUAAACCUCCCGUGGCUAACGAGCAGGAAGAUGGGCUUCCGGAGUCACCGACAGCUCCUACUGCUUCCAGGAACAAAACAGCUAUCGCAGACGCGGUAUCUCCUCACCGUGAUCCUGCGCCUCCUAAACCAGAAAUGACCUCUGAGGAAUAUAAUGCGCAGCUUUUAUCAGACCCGCGUAUGAAGAAUUCGAGCGUGGGAAAUCCGGAAUUCCUCCAGCAAUAUUACAGAGAAUCUCGUUUACAUCACCUCUCAACUUGGAAGGCCGAGCUGAAAGCACAGCUGCAGUCGAAAGCUCAGGAGAAAUCCCGGUCUCAAUCUGCACGGAAGAAGCUCGUACCUGGUGCAAGGAGGUACAUCAUGCAUGUCGAUUUCGACUGCUUCUUUGCGGCAGUCUCAACGUUACAACAUCCGGAGCUGGAAGGGAAGCCUGUUGCUAUCGCUCACGGUACCGGCACUGGAUCUGAAAUUGCCAGCUGUAAUUAUGUCGCUCGUGCGUCUGGAGUCAAGAAUGGUAUGUGGAUGAAGGGUGCCCUACAGGCUUGUCCUGAUCUGCGCGUCUUGCCUUAUGACUUUCCGGCCUAUGAGGAAGCGAGUCGAAAGUUUUAUCGUGCAAUCUUAGCGGUAGACGGCAUAGUUCAGAGUGUUAGUAUUGACGAGGCACUAGUGGACAUUACGUCGCUGUGUCUUGAGGCAGGUGGUUCGGAUGGUAAGGGUGUAUCCGAAGGGUCGAUCUACAGAGAGCAAGCGAAGGCCGACGAGAUCGCAGAGGCAUUACGAGCAACGGUCAAAGGUGACACAGGCUGCGCCGUCUCUGUCGGCAUCGGAGGUAAUAUCCUACAGGCAAAGGUUGCCCUGCGAAAGGCCAAACCCGCGGGUCAGUUCCAGCUGAAGCCAGAUGCCGUUCUCGAUUUCAUUGCAGAGCUUCCGGUACAGAGCCUUCCUGGCGUGGGUUAUAGCCUGAGCUCAAAAAUGGAAGAAUUGGGCGUUAAACUGGUCAAGGACAUCAGGGAGCUUUCGCGAGAGAAACUGACAUCUGCCUUGGGGCCCAAGACGGGCAUCAAGCUUUGGGAUUAUGCGCGUGGCAUUGAUCGGACAGAAGUCGGCAAUGAGGUUGUACGCAAGUCCGUCUCCGCAGAAGUAAAUUGGGGCAUUCGCUUCGUUACCCAGGAACAAGCAGACGACUUUGUCCGCUCUCUAUGCGAGGAGCUGCACCGCAGACUGGUUGAAAAUCUAGUCAAGGGAAAACAGCUAACUCUCAAAGUCAUGCGAAGGGCUCUUGACGCUCCGUUAGAGCCAGUGAAGCAUCUCGGUCAUGGUAAAUGCGAUGUCUUCAACAAAAGUGUCAUUCUCGGUAUCGCUACCAACGCGGCAGAUUCGCUCGGAAAAGAGGCCGUUUCGAUGCUUCAGAGUCUCAAGAUAUCACCUGGUGAUCUGAGAGGGCUGGGCGUUCAGAUGACCAAACUUGAGCCCAUCAAGUCGACAUCUGAGAAACCAGACGGUAGCCAGAAGCAGCUCACUUUCAAGGCGCCUCCGGCUCGCAAAACUGCGCAACAUCCUGAGGAUCCGGACCUCCUAGACAGCCCGCGUAAGAACGAAGCAGAGACGGUAUGGCACGGCCCUUCCUUGAACGACAGCACCCAGAAGCCUCUCAAUAUUUCUGGCACUCAGUUUAUCAUGCCGUCGCAACCGGACCCAGCAGUUGUUGCCGCGCUCCCACGCGAUAUCCGAUCCAAGCUGGUAGCCCAAGCCAAACCGCGGAGCGAUUCCCGUACAGGUUCCCCCCUCGCCCCAACGCGCGCGCAACCCAACUCCAGUUUACCACCACAAUCCCAAUUGGACCCAGAUAUACUAGCUGCUCUGCCGAAAGACGUUCUCGCCGAAGUGCUAGGGUAUUACGACCAACCUGCCGCAGUCAGCUCACGCCCGACCACAUCCUCAUCUACCCUCCCACCCCCGAGACCAUCCUCAUCCUCGAGCAACCCACUCCGAGUCCGAAAACCCAUAUCACCUCCGAAGAAACGCCGCGGCCGCCCACCUCUAAAACAGCCCACAGCAUCCUCACUUACACAAUCAAAAUUCGUCAUCCCCAGACCAGACCCAACGAUCAACGCCGCCGAUGAACCGUUAGAAGACGACCCCAACAUCUCUGGCGAGUUCCUCGCCGCCCUUCCCGAAGACAUCCGCCGCGAAGUUCUUGAAGAGUCCAAACGCACCCGUCUCCUUCAACGCCGCGCCGCCGCAGCGAAAAUCUCCCUCUCGAGACCCGGCACAACCUCCCGCGCGCAGAUAAACGAGCGACACAUCCGCCUCCCCCCGCUCCCCGAACGACCAACAUUCACAUCUAAAAGGCUUUCCCAGCUCACCGACCUCCGCGACGAAGCAAGUGCCUGGCACACGGCGUUUGCAGAAGAGGGCCCGUUCGCGGAGGACGUCACUGCGCUAGCGGACUACCUGAAGCAUGUUGUGGCUGAUGAACGGGACCUCGAUAAAGCUGUUUCGGUUGUCAAGUGGCUUGCUUGGCUUGUUGAAGAUGGGAAGUCUUCGAGUGGGGGCUUGGGUUCGGGCACGGGAUCUGACUCUUCUCCGAGAAGUUCUCCUGGGGGCACUGGGUUGAGCUCGGGAUCUCAGAGUGGGAUCUCGUGGGAUGAGGCGCUGACGGUGUUGAAGGAGGGCGUUCAGCAGGGACUAGAGGAAAGGGGACUUCCCGCCGUGGAUUUCGCCGAAGACUAA